CGUGCACACCAGCGUGCGAGAACCCCGCGGCCGUUCGAUCCCUUCCCCGCCCGCCGAUCAACGAGUCCAGCCGACCGCGCGCCCCCCCGCAGCGCCGGCCCCGCACGGCAUGCGACGCGCCCUCCCGCACCAGCAGCAGCACGCGCGGCACACAACAAGAUCGCACGCGACCCUCCCCCGGUUCGCAGUCGUAACCCCCCCGGUCCCCCUCCCUCUUCCUCCGACCACCGCGGCGCCGGUUGCCGGAUAAGCUCGCGGCGGAUGGACGCGCGACGGGUCGGAGGCCGCAUCGCGGCGGCGCGGAGGGCGCUCGCCGCGGGGGUCUCGCUGCCCAUCCCCGUGCUGCGGAUCACCAACGGCCUGGCGAUGAUCUCGCUCGUGCUCUCCUCCUGCGACCUACUCCGCCUCUGCAGCGACAGGAGCCGCCCGCUCCGCUUCCCGCUCGGCGGCCGCGAGUUUGCCACCGUGCUGUGCCAGCUCGCCUCCGUCGUCUACCUCCUCAGCCUCUUCGGCGUCCCCUCCGGCUCCGGGCACCCCAAGGCCCCCGCCAGCGACGACGAGGGUGGCGGCUCCAAGCGCCGGGCGCGCGCGGCCGCGGACGCGCCCGCGGCAAUGCAUGCCGGCGUGGAGGGCGGGGACGAGGAGAUCGUCGCGGCUGUGGUGUCCGGGACGCUGCCGUCGCACCACCUGGAGUCGCGCCUCGGGGACUGCCAACGCGCGGCCAGGCUGCGGCGGGAGGCGCUCCGGCGGGUCACGGGGCGGGGCGUCGAGGGGCUCCCUUUCGACGGGAUGGACUACCAGGCCAUCCUGGGGCAAUGCUGCGAGAUGCCCGUCGGCUACGUGCAGGUGCCGGUGGGGGUCGCCGGCCCGCUGCUCCUGGAUGGGCGCCAGUACCACGUCCCCAUGGCUACCACCGAGGGAUGUCUCGUGGCCAGCGUCAACCGCGGGUGCAGGGCCAUCGCUGCUUCCGGGGGCGCCGUGAGCGUGCUGCUCCGGGACGCCAUGUCCCGCGCGCCCGUCGUCAAGCUGCCAUCCGCCAAGAGGGCCGCAGAGCUCAAGUCGUUCAUGGAGGCAGCUGCCAAUUUUGAGACUUUGGCUUCUGUCUUCAAUAGGUCUAGCAGAUUUGGCAGGCUUCAGGGUAUUCGGUGUGCACUAGCUGGUAGGAACCUUUACAUUAGGUUCGCUUGUAGCACCGGAGAUGCUAUGGGAAUGAAUAUGGUGUCAAAAGGUGUUGAGAAUGUCUUGGGCUACCUGCAGAAUGAUUUCCCCGACAUGGAUCUCAUCAGCCUGUCUGGCAAUUACUGUUCAGACAAGAAGCCUACAGCUGUAAACUGGAUAGAAGGUCGUGGGAAAUCUGUUGUUUGCGAGGCUACAAUCAAAGGAGGGGUUGUGCAGAGUGUUCUUAAGACCACUGUUCAAACACUCGUCGAGCUUAACAUUAUUAAAAAUCUUGCUGGAUCAGCUGUAGCUGGAUCUCUUGGAGGUUUCAAUGCCCAUGCUAGCAAUAUCGUAACUGCCCUAUUUAUUGCUACGGGGCAGGAUCCUGCACAAAAUGUUGAAAGCUCACAAUGCAUAACCAUGUUGGAGGCAGUGAAUGAUGGAGACGACCUUCACAUAUCUGUGACCAUGCCUUCCAUUGAGGUAGGUACUAUUGGAGGUGGCACUUGUCUUACCUCACAGGCCUCUUGUCUGAACCUGCUCGGUGUCAGGGGUCCGAAUCGUGACUCGCCUGGGGCAAAUGCUAAGCUUCUGGCUACCAUUGUCGCUGGCAGCGUGCUCGCGGGCGAGCUCUCUCUCCUGGCGGCCCUUGCUGCUGGCCAACUUGUCAAGAGCCACAUGAAGUACAACCGAUCAAGCAAAGAUGUUGCCAGUGCUGCUUCUUGAGCAAAUAUAGCAGCUCUGCUGGAUCCUCCAAGGCUCCAUAUAUAACAGCAAUUGCCGGAGCGAGGUCGUCGACAAGCAAAUCAGACAAGUCAGAGACUGAUUGUACAGAGUGCUGAUAAGCGAGCAGGUCCUAACAACAAGCGCAACCUGUUCGACUGCCCUGUUAGAGAACACCUAACAGAUUAUGCAGCUUCUGACUGUAAACAUCUAGUUCCUUUUCUGUUUCUUUUGGAUAGCAGAAGAUCAGAUUAAUUCUCUGUUCUCUUUUGUGCAGUAUUGUAAUUUGCCUAUUA